UUUCUAUCGUGUAAAUGUUGAUGGAUUGAUCAAUUGAUUGCUUGGAUGAGGAGGGGAGGGCUCAGAGUGAUGAGUCAGCCACUUUCCCUCCGAUGCAGCCUCACUCUUUCCAUUCACUCACUCACUCACUCUCUCUCUUUGGCGCCGGUUUUUGGCUUUUGGCUUUGCGGUGUUUCCCUCUUAUUUGCCUUUUUGGCUUUAAAUCCUUCUUGUUUUUUUCCCACUCCUCUCGGCGCGUGUUGGUCCGUCUCAACUCACUGACCAUCUCUCCUCCUGCAGGCUUGCUGUUGGACCUUUUGUUGCUUUCCCCAUAGUGGUGGAGAUCAGUGUCUCCGCGUAUGGUUCCCGGACUCCAUCGCAGCGUUGCAGUUUCCACGGAUAGCCUAAAAGUGCCCUCUCUUGACCU